GUGGCUUUAAAGAAGUCAAGAUGGGGACUCGUGUGAAGGUCCUGAGCGUGUUUAAAGCGCUGCACAGAACAAGGCAGACUGUAUUCAAAGACGACAACAAAGCACUGGCAGCUGCAAAAUUAAAGAUCAAUGAGGAGUUCCGGAAAAACAAAGAUGAAACGUCAGAAGAAAGCAUUGCGAAGAUGAUCAAAAUGGGCUCAGAUGUGGAAGCUGUUAUUCGACAGACGGUGUUACAGAUGGAACAUGUCGGAGACAACAAGCUACUGCUCGUACCCAGAGAGAGCCUCCUACUAGAGAAUGUCCCCUAUUGUGACCAGCCCAGGAAAAAGUCCUGAUAAAUUACAUCUUUGUUACCCAAAACUCAUCUUCAUCCAUCUGCAAUUGAAACUAUUUAACCCGAACAUUUCAAGUUGAAGAUCAUCUCUACAUGAGGAAAUGCCUGUUCUUGAUUCACUGCUGGUGUCGGCAAACUGGAUUAUGUAGUUUCAUGUGUAGUGUUUUGUCAAUGUUAUUUAAAUGUUUUUAUUUUGUUUGGAAGUCUUCUGCCUAAUUUCCAGCGGCUUGUUGUUAUCCUGAAAUCGAAAGAAAAGCUGCUACUGAAAAAUAAAUGUAUAACCGCGUUCUUAUUAAAGAGGAGGAUUGACUCUGA